AUGGUCCCGACCUCGGGAGGUAUGAAGAGAGUAAGCCACAGAGCCCUGUCACCAAGACGGUUAAAGAAGCAAGUACUUGCAGUGACGGGGCGACACGGAACUUUUCCGCGUCCUCCGGCGGGACCCGGCGCCACGGCCCUGUGCGGUCCGAGCACUAGUCCGACCCGCCCGCCCGGCAGGUGCGCGGGCCCGGGCCGGGAGGACGUGCCGCUCCGGCCCGGCCGGGGCUACGCGGGGGAGGACGCGCCGCCUCCCCCGGGGCCGAGGGCCGGCAGCCCGCCGCCCUCUCCGCGCCCGAGGGCAGGACGCGGCUCCGAAGCCCCCGGAGCCCCGCUAGCCACCCCUAUCCCCGGCCCCGAGGGGCUCUCCCGACUUCAGGCAAGGCCGGCCGCGGCAGGUGCCUGGAGAUGCCGCUCCCGCCCCGGGCGCAAACUUGCGCUGGGAGCGCGGGGGCGGCCUGGGCCCCUCGGCCGCCUCUUCAGCCCUCCCGGUACCUACCCCGCGGCCGCCGCCUCCGCCGCCACCACCGCUCCUCGCCCGCCAGCGCGCCGGCCUCAGAGGGAAGGAAAGCGGGAGCGCGCCGGCUCCGCUGGGCCACUCGGCUCGGGCCCGAUAGGGCGCGGCGGGCCUCGGGGCCCAGGGCCGGUGCCGCCUCCAAGGGCAACUCCACCCCCUUUCAACCGCCGGGGCCGCCGGCCGGCCACGCCCCCGGCCACGCCCCCAGCGCCACGCCCGCAGGCCACGCCCGCCUACCCGCACUCAUCGCAGCAACCACACCACCUGGGAAUGCUUUCCAGUAACUCACUUCUCAGUCCUCUGGUUCUGGUGGUGGGGCUGGAACAAACCAUAGAAGCCUCAAUGGAGAGCGGCGGUGAACAGAGACAUGGAAAGGCCACCAACGGGAAUGAUGCAAUGCCCAAGAGCAGCAAGGAGGCCAAGGAGACCCGGAAUGGAGAAGGGGCUGCGGUCAGGGAGAAGAGAGGCCACAUCACACAGGGCUUUCUGGGCUGCUGCGUCAUCGCUGCAGAAGGGCGGCUGUCCCUGGGUCAGAGGUACACGGCGAGUACGCGCGCGUGUGUACCCCGCAUGAAUCAUCGGCGCCCGUACGAAUGCCUGGAGCCAGAAACCUGUAGACCCAAGCCAGGCGGCGGAGAGGAAGCAGCAACAUGCUUCGGCCGCUACCCAAGUGUUUCUGGGGGCGGGAGGGGAGCGGCGGACACGUCCGCCCGUCCCCCCGGGCCCCCGGCCCCCCGGCCCCCAGCACGCGCGCCGGCGGCGCCCGCAGGGGGCACGGAGGGCGCACAGGUGGGUCCCCGCCCGGCCCUGCCUCUCGCCCCUCCCCGCCACCCGACGAAGGCCGACGCGCCCUCGCCAACGCGCCUCCGGCUCGCCCCUUCCCUCUCCGUGACAUCUUAUAUAAUAACCCGAGCUAAUCAAAACGGAAGCGACGCGCGCUGCCGGGGCCAGUCUCCCGGCCCGGGCUGGAUGCUCGCGCCCAAAGCCCGCGGCCCCCGAACUAGGCGCCGGGGUGCGCGGCUCCGGGGCGGGGGAAGGGCCCGAGCGCCGCCCCGGCUCGUCCCUCCUCGCAGAAGGCGCUGCUCCUGCCGGUCCCCGUCAGGAAGCCGCGAGCGUCACAAACUGCGUCAGCUUCUUCAAACACAUUUCAUGGUCUCCCUCCAGCCCGGGAGCCGGCUGCUCCCGAGGCGGGGCCGCGGCCGGGGCUGGAAGGAGCCCCUCUGGGGAGGAGAAAGUUCCUCGGGGCCCUCCCCUCGCCCGCACCGCGCCCGGCCCCGCCGCGCCUCCAGCCCCUCUCGGCGCGACGCCCGCCCCGCGGCGCAGCCCGCCAGCCCGCGCCAAUGUCAGCGUGGGCAACUUGUGACCCCCCGGGCGCCGGGCGGCCCCCUCCCGCCCGCCUGGCUCGCCCGACGCCGGGGGCCUUCCCCCUCCGCCCUCACCCCUGGCCCGGCGGAAAGCGGCGACGCCAGAAACUUCCCCGGGCCGCGCCGGGCGGGAGAGCCGCCCGGGUCCCCGCGCAUCGCCCUUACCUUGCUCUCCGGAGGCCACGAUCCGGGCGGGCCGCGCGGGGCGCGUGGUGCGCGAGCGCGCGCGCGUGGGGCGGUAGGUGAGGGAGCCCGCGCCGGCGGGGGCGGGGCGGGGCAGCGGGGGUGCGAGCGGCGCGGGCUGGGGGGGGGGGCCGGCCCGGCGGGCGGGCGCGAGGAGAGCAGAGCCGGCGGCGGCGGCGGCGGCGGGCGCGGGGCGAGCGCGCCGAGGGGGCGGAGGAGUUGCCGUGGGUUUGUUUACGCAUUGCUGCCCGGCUCGGGGCACAGCCCGCACUCCCUGAUUGGACACAAACUGGGGCACAGCCUCUCGUCGCCGCCCGCCAGGCCUCCUCGAGCAGCCGCCGCGCAGCUCCCGGAGCGCCCUCCCGGCACAGCCCGCGGCGGCUCCCGGGCCUGGAGGGGACGAGCCGCAGCGGCCACCGGGGGUGGCCGUAGAGCCACUCGUGGGCCCAAGGCUCGCGAUCGCCCACCUGUAGUGGCGCGACCUUGGCAAGGAGAAAUUCGAAACUUCGGAGGCUGGAGACUUCGUAUCAUUCAGCCGUAG